AGCUGCUUUCUUUUUCGCGGUAUCAGGCAACCGGAGAUAUAGCCCGUCCCGGCCCCUGCGAGCCCUUGCUGCUUGACAGUCGGUCUAGACUCUCCAUAAAAGGAGUUUGCCCACACGCCCGCUUCUGCCAGGAUGCCUAUGUACACCAGCCCUCCCCUGUCACCGGUUCGCCCUGCGUUUCCCUCGAGCUUUAACUCGCCAUUCCGAUCCAACUCGUUUUCGCACUCUGCCUACGCCGAUCGCAAGCCCACUCGCCGCCCCAAGCAUGACGACGACGACGACGAUAAGGUGAAGUCAUACGUGAAGGGCUCGCUCAUAUUCCUGGGGUCAGUGGCUGCCGCAACUUACUGCGCCCACAAAUACUGGCCCAAGGGGUUUGUCUACGGUGACAAAGACGACUGGGAACACAGGGUGCACCACGAAAACUUGUACGGGAAGAGGACCUGGCCAGCUAAGGACGACCGGAGCUCAUUCCGAAGCCCCCAUGCUGGCGACGACAGCGUCAGGGAGUAUUACCCUCGCCACCCACGCGGUGAAGAGCGGCGCGUGCACUUCCAUGAAGGGGGACGACCAGGUUAUCUCAGCAGGGACGACUUGUACAGCGACAAUGCUGAAUGGAGUAGCGGCGGCAGCAGCGGUGACCGCCGCACCUCCGGAUAUAUCACCAGGGGCGAUACGCGUAGUGACCGUACCGAAUGGAUCAGGGGCGGCAACGACAGUAGUGGUGGUAGCUACAGUAGUAGUGCCCGUCGCAGCUUCGCCCGAGAAUCUGCCAGCCCUGUAGUGGCCGAAAGCCGGAGAGGCUCCUACUACUCGCCGGCUCCAGCGCGGUACAGGAGAGGAUCCUUGUCGGAUCCGCGGUACGAUCUCGAAGAGCCGCCGGCGCCGCCACCACCGCCACCACCGCGGACUUACUUGUACCAAGAAGAAGUAUACCUCGAGCCGGCGUAUGCACGCCGCGAGCGGCCCGCAAGAUCUCGUAGGGCUUCGGUUGAUGGGUCGGCUGUAAGACCGCGUAUUGUUGAAGAGUUAUAUUAUCGGUAGCGAUGGGCACUUAUGAUGGAAGACUUUACCACUUCUGCCAAACUCUUGUUUUGUUUGGAUGGGCAGGCGCUCAGUCAACUAGGGGCUCAAGACGCUUUCUUUUUUUUUUUUUUUUUUUUUUUGGAAAAC